AGUCCUUGCGGGAAGUCCCUCCUCCCUCGGAAGCCUGGCGGCGCCGGCGCACACUGCUCUUCCUUAAGGGCGGGAGUCUCGGUUUGUGGUGGCUUCGCUGAGGCAGUGGUGGCCGCACUAUACCGUUAGAAACUCGGUUUCCCGGAGGCUGUAAGGCCCUUUGAGGCGAAAUGGCUCCGGGCGUGAAAGGAGCAGGCGUUGGCAAUGGAAGGACCGCCGCGACCUCAGGCUGACCGUAGGGAGGGAUCUUGAGGGCCCUCCGAGUCCCCUGGGCUUGCGCUUUCUUUCUUUGCAGCCACCGUGCCUACCGCGAGGAUGAGCUCGGCCUCGGUCACCGCUUUCGAGAAGGAGCAUCUCUGGAUGUAUCUGCAGGCCCUCGGCUUCGAGCCAGGCCCGGCAACCAUUGCCUGCGGAAAGAUCGUGUCACACACGCACCUCGGAGUGAACAUGUUUGACAAGCUGAACCGUGAUGCCUUUCAUAUAGUUUCUUAUUUUUUGUUUCAAGUUCUGGACCAGUCUCUCACCAAAGAAAUUUUCAAAUUUUGUUGGCCCCCAUUUGACCAAAAGAGUGAUACUGAAUUCCGAAAACAUUGCUGUGAAUGGAUAAAAAGGAUUUCUGGUGAAUGUGGAAGUAGCUUUCCUCAAGUUGUUGGUUCACUAUUUCUUUCUCCUGGUGGUCCUAAGUUUAUUCAUCUGAUGUAUCAUUUUGCAAGAUUUGUUGCAAUGAAAUAUAUUAAAUCCAAUUCUAAAAAUUCUUCUCAUCAUUUUGUAGAGACAUUUAACAUAAAACCACAGGACUUGCACAAGUGCAUUGCCAGAUGCCAUUUCGCACGUAGCAGAUUUUUACAAAUUUUGCAAAGAGAAGAUUGUGUUACCCAAAAAUAUCAGGAAAAUGCACAAUUAUCAGUUAAGCAGGUACGAAACUUGAGAUCUGAAUGUAUAGGACUGGAAAACCAAAUAAAGAAAAUGGAACCCUAUGAUGACCACAGUAAUAUAGAAGAAAAAAUUCAAAAGGUUCGGUCUUUGUGGGCUUCAGUGAAUGAAACGUUCAUGUUUUUGGAAAAAGAGAGAGAAGUUGUUAGUUCGGUCCUUAGUCUUGUUAACCAAUAUGCUUUAGAUGGAACUAAUGUUGCUAUUAAUAUUCCAAGGCUCUUACUUGACAAAAUUGAGAAACAAAUGUUUCAGUUGCACAUAGGAAAUGUUUAUGAGGCUGGAAAACUGAACCUCUUAACAGUUAUUCAGUUAUUAAAUGAAGUCUUGAAGGUGAUGAAAUAUGAACGUUGUCAGGCUGAUCAAGCAAGAUUGAUGGUAGACCUUCACUACCUUGAAAAAGAGACCAAAUUUCAGAAGGAAAGAUUAUCAGAUCUGAAGCAUAUGAGGUAUAGAAUAAAAGAUGAUCUCACAACUAUAAGACAUUCUGUUGUUGAAAAGCAAGGAGAAUGGCAUAAAAAGUGGAAAGAAUUUCUUGGUUUGUCUCCUUUCAGUCUAAUUAAGGGUUGGACUCCAUCUGUAGAUCUUUUACCACCGAUGUCUCCCCUUUCAUUUGAUCCUGCCUCAGAAGAAGUGUAUGCAAAGAGUAUUCUUUGUCAGUAUCCAGCUUCACUUCCAGAUACACGUAAGCAACAUAACCAAGAAAAUGGUUGCAGAGGAGACAGUGAUACCUUGGGAGCUCUACAUGAUCUAGCCAACAGCCCUGCGUCUUUCUUGUUGCAGUCAGUUUCAUCAUCAGAUAGAAACAGUGUUACACUGCUUGAAAAGGACACAAAGAUGGAAACUCCCAAAGAAAAAAACGAAGCAAUUUCUAAGAAAAUACCAGAAUUUGAAGUGGAAAAUUCUCCAUUAUCAGAUGUUGCAAAGAAUACAGAGAGUAGUGCAUUUGGAGGGUCCGUGCCAGCUAAAAAAAGUGAUCCAUUUCAAAAAGAGCAAGAUCAUCUGGUAGAAGAGGUUGCCAGAGCAGUUUUAUCUGAUUCACCACAGCCCUCUGAAGGAAAAGAAAUAAAAUUAGAGGAACUAAUUGACUCUCUGGGUUCUAACCCCUUCUUAACAAGGAAUCAGAUUCCCCGUACUCCAGAAAACUUGAUAACUGAAAUUAGGAGCUCAUGGAGAAAAGCUAUUGAAACAGAAGAAAACAGAACUACAGAACCAAUUGAAAUGGAUGCUGAACAUAGAGAAGUAUUGCCAGAAUCAUUACCUGUGUUGCACAAUGAAAGAGAAUUUAGCAUGGCCGAUUUUCUCUUAGAAACCACUAUAUCAGAUUUUGGCCAGUCUCAUUCAACUGAAGAGAAAGUUGUUUCAGAUUGCGAGUGUGUGCCUCAGAAACAUGUGCUGACCAGUCACAUAGAUGAAUCACCAACACAAAAUCAGUCAGAUUUGUUAAAUAAGAAAGUAAUUGGCAAGCAAGAUUUGGAAUGUUUAGCCUUCACCAAGCUUUCAGAAACUGGCCAAAUGGAGACAUUCUCCCCUGCUGUCGGCGAUAGGAUAGAUGUGAUGGGUGGCAGUGAAGAGGAGUUUAUGAAAAUAUUGGACCACUUAGAAGUUUCUUGUAACAAACCUUCCACAGAUAAAACUGUGUUGUGGAACUCUUUUCAGAUAUCAAGUGGAAUUAGUUCUAAGAGUUUUAAAGAUAAUGAUUUUGGCAUAUUACACGAAACUCUUCCGGAAGAAGUUGGUCACCUAAGUUUUAAUAGUUCCAGUAGUUCAGAGGCCAAUUUUAAACUGGAGCCAAAUAGUCCUAUGCAUGGUGGCAUUCUUCUAGAAGAUGUUGUCGGAGGGAGACAGACUACUCCAGAAUCGGACUUUAAUUUACAGGCUCUUCGCAGUAGAUAUGAGGCUCUGAAGAAAUCUCUUUCCAGGAAAAGGGAAGAAUCUUACCUCUCGAAUUCCCAAACACCUGAAAGACACAAACCAGAAUUGAGCCCUACUCCCCAAAAUGUACAAACAGAUGAUAUGCUUAACUUUUUGGACACCCGUGAUUUGCAUACUGUGCAUAUAAAGCCAUCUUUACGCAUGUCCAUUGGUGAAAGAAAACGGUCUCUUUCACCACUAAUUAAGUUUUCUCCGGUGGAACAAAGAUUGAGAACCACAAUAGCAUGUAGUCUUGGAGAACUACCUAAUUUAAAAGAAGAAGACAUUUUGAAUAAGAGCCUUGAUGCAAAAGAACCACCGUCUGACUUGACAAGAUGAAGAUGUAUCUAUUUAAUAUAACUAUGAUGCACUUAAAUUGAAGCUAUGCCACAGGAUAGAAACUGAAUUAUAACUUAAAUACAUGUUGGAAGUGUAACACUGUUUUUCAAGGUUUAAAAAAAAUUCCUAAUGCCUUUUAGCCUUCUUUAAUAUUUUUAGAUAAGAAAAGUAUGUUUGGAUUUUUUCUCUUUGUAGGUAUAUGAGAUUGAAAUGUGAAGUAUUUGGAAAACAAAUGUCAAGCAAUGGGAAGCCAUUUUGAUUUCUUGAGUAAUCUUGUAAGCAUUAAGUGAAUGACAAAGUAGUAGUGUAACUAAUUUCUUAUAACUUCAGUCAAUUAAUAUAAGGAUAAGUAGUUUUUGUUGUAUGUUCACUAAGUGGUUAAUAUAAUAGCCAUUGAAUAUACUAAUCUUUCACCUUAGAGAACUAUACAACUUUUAUUGUUUCUUUAUGGAACAUUCUGGCUAACCAGAAAAAGUGAGAAAAGUAGUACCUUGGGAUGUGUAGUCUAGAUGACAAAUUUUAAGACUGGAAAAGCUCUAAACAGGCUUAAUGAUUCUUCAAGUAGAAUGAUCCUGAGAAGUGAUGUUUGAUGGAAUAAAGUGCAUGUGAUGAUUAAGCGAAGACUGGGGCAGAAUGAUUUAAAAAAAGGAAAAAGAUGGAAGAAGAUGAGUAGACAGUUGCAAGGAACACUGUCAAACUAUAAAUCCAUUCAGUGGGUUGUAUAACAUUUAUAUUUAGUCUAAUUUAGACUUUGAUAAUUUAAUCCUACUUUUAUAUUUUAACAAAAAUAUAAAUUAAAAUUUUCAUUAGUCUGUUUUGUUGUUGGGUUUUUUUGUGAGGUACUGUUGGGGGAAAGGAACAAGGAACAACCAUCAAAAUUCCCCAGUCCCUACAGAAUAGCCUCACAGUAACUUGAGAAAACUGAACUUGGGGUGAAAUAACUUGUCAUGCUUGUAGUCUCCUGCCUCACUCCUUCAGGUGCCCUGCCUAGAAAAAGACUUGUGUCUAGCAUCUCUUGCUCUCUGUGAACUAUUGCCCUCUGUGAACCAGGAGGAAUGGAACAGGCACUAUUGCCCUCUGUGAACCAGGAGGAAUGGAACAGGCACUGGAACAGGCACCUACAAUACCCUUUGUAGACCCCAUCUCACAACCAUCAAAAUCUUGUCCACUAGUCCCCAAAAAACGGGCAAGGAAAGAAGGUGGAGGUGAAAUUUAUGGAAGUAGAUGGCUUAAUAGUUCUCUCUCUUCAUUUAUCUUGGGCUGCCUUUCUCUAAGUUGUUUGUCCUGUCCCAGUGUGAAGACCCAUCUUUUUGUGAGAAAAGACAAAAGAAAGCACAUGUACUACCUUCUUUGCAAUGGAAAAGGAGGAAGAAAAAAUCUUCUCCUAAGUUGCUGUUUUCUUUUAUUAGUUAAUAAAACAAAUCAGGGACUAUGAAGGUCUAUGGGGAAACCUUUAGCCUGCUUUAAGAAAACUCAGUAUCUGAAAAUCUUAGCAUGUAAUGCUAUCAUAUCAGCAUCUGCAGAAGUGCCAGGCCAUUGCUAGACACUUAAUGUGUAUUAUUUCAUUUAAUUAUAUUUUAAACGUGCUUCCCUGGUAAUUCUUAAAGCUCGAGAAAGUUUGAGAACUGCUGCUAGGAAAUAGAGAUUCACAUUUAACCCUGUGGUACUUUUAAGAAGCAGGUACAUUGUUGCAUAUAUACUUGGGUAGAGAUUGUUAACUAUUGAUAGGGAAGCUCAAGUUCGCCACUCAAGUCUGAGAAACCCUUAAUUACUGAGAAUCAAAAGAGCAGAAUGUCUGUAGACAUUUUGGAUUUGUAAAAAUUACGUUGUUGAGUUAUACCUGUGAUAGGCUGAAAGUUUUUGGCAUUCUUUCCUGUUCUUCAUAUGCCAGUACCAUAAACAAAAAGUAUCUCAGUUCUGUCACUUUCUUCUCCUAAACCAAUGUGAUUGCAGCUUUUUGCCUUCAGCCUUUUCCCUAUCCAAUAUCUCCUACAUAGUUACCUUUUGAUCUUAAGGAACUGUUUUGAUUGGGUCACUUCCUUGCCUAAAAUUCCAUUAAUGGUUCAUUGUUAAUUCUAAAAUAGAGUUCAAAUUUAAAGGCAUAUAAGUUCCCCUAUAACGGAUUUCCUCUAUUCCCCCUUCCGCUGUAAUCUCCCAUUUUUUUUACUGAAAUGCUUCAGUGAGCAUGGGUCUUUAGAGGUCUUGAUUUACAAUUUUCCUGAAGCAGGAAUACCUUGCCUUCCUCUACUAGUUUACCACAAUUACAGCUCUCUUUUAAGCCUCAGAAAAAAAUCUCACUUCCACCUUGAAGUCUUAAUCCACGCUUUUUAUAUCCACGUGCCUACUCCUUCUCUGAAAUCUCCUAUGGUUUAUCUUUUUAUUCAUUUAAUAUCCCACGAAUUGAUUUUUUUUUUUAUGGUUGCAUGUGGUCUCUCUAGUUAUAGCAAUAUAUACAUACAUGCAUAAAUACAUAUACGCCUAUGUAAAUGUGUGUUGGGAGUAUGUAUUCACACACAUAUAUAUACCCCAUGGCCAUGUGUCAUCUUUAUCAAUAUUUAAGUAUUGGAAUUGUUUUGUUUGCCUCCUAUAUCAUGGAAUAAAUGGUAAAGAGGGCUAAUUUAUUACUGUAAGUGUAUUUCUCAUUACAUUCAUAUCAGACAUUAUAUAGAAUGUACUUUGUUUUUAUUCACUAUUUGUAAGAUGCAAAGGUGUAUAAACUGACUUCUACAUCAGCUUGAAACCUGAGAUAAUGCUAAAAUGUUCUAGUUAUUUUAAAUGUUUAAAGAGGACAACCAUAUAAUGUUGCUAAACAUGAAAAAUGUCAUCAGGUGGAAUAAAGAAUAGUUUAACGUUUGGGGGAAAUUGAACUGAAAACAAAAAUACGAGUAUUUUGAAACCUUUUCUUUACCAUGAGUCUCUUGACUAUGAAGUCAAAUUUAUCUAAAGGAAAAACAGGAAUUGUGGAGACCUGUGUAAAAGCAGACUAUUAUCUUCCUACUGUGAGUGUACUAAAAUUAAAAUAACUUUAAUGACGUUUUCCUCAACGCGAAAGUAUUGAAGUAAAUGUUUCUUUUAUAUUGCAGAUACAUAGUUGCUCUAGAGAUCACCUUUUUCUUUAUGCAUUAUGAAUAGCAGUCUGCAUCCUAAGUUUAAAAUAUUUGAGAAUCCUCUAUGGGACUCUUUGUAAAUGUUUUAAAUACUGUUGUUUUCAAUAAAUACUUUAUACUGUCUA